UACGAGCGAAGGAAACGGAAGUUUAAGUUAUUCCCAAAUUGAACGGCCCAAAGGGAAACCCCACCACAACCGGUCUCGAGUCUCGACAGAUCGGCGUCUUCGAUGCCGCCGGCGCAGGCGCCCUCCAGCGGCGGCGCCGCGUGGCGCCAGCUGCUCCUGCUCCUGACAGUCCUCCCGCUCACGCUCGCUGCGCUGGCUUUCGUGCUCCAGUGGCGCGGCGGCGGCGGCGUCGAUGACCCUACCACUCGCUGGCCCUCCCACGCCUUCCCCGGCAUGGCCGAGCCCACCCCACCGUCCCUCCCCUCGUCCGACUGCGCAGACGUGCUCGUGGGAUCCUCCGCCCCCUCCUUCCCCUACAUCCGCGGCUGGUCAUUCACCUCCGACUCGGGCGCUGCUAUGGGUUCUGUAGAGGAACAUCUCCAACCCAAGGUGUGCGUGCAGACGAGCACCUCCGCGGGGCUUGAGCAGAUCCUGCCCUGGCUCUUCUAUCACAAGGUCGUCGGCGUCGCGCAGUUCCUGCUCUUCGUGGAGGGCAAGGCGGCGAAACCCAAUGUCGCGGGAGUCCUCGAGUCAAUUCCUGGGGUAAAAGUGGUGUACAGAACUAAGGAUCUUGAGGAGCGGCAGGCACGGAGUCGAAUCUGGAAUGAGACUUGGCUUUCAGGAUUUUUCUACAAACCUUGCAACUAUGAACUCUUUGUGAAGCAAUCCCUCAACAUGGAGAUGGCUAUUGUAAUGGCUCGGGAUGGUGGCAUGGAUUGGAUCAUACAUUUAGACACUGAUGAGUUACUUUAUCCUGGCGGAGCUGCUGAGUAUUCUGUUAGACGUUUGUUAGCUGAGGUCCCUCGUGAUGUCGACAUGGUUAUUUUUCCAAACUAUGAAAGCAGUGUUGAGCAUGAUAAUAUAAAAGAUCCAUUCAGCGAAGUAUCUAUGUUCAAGAGGAAUUAUGAUCAUCUUCCUAAAGAUACUUACUUUGGCAUGUAUAAGGAAGCGACACGAGGAAAUCCAAAUUAUUUUCUCACCUAUGGUAAUGGAAAAUCUGCUGCACGAAUUCAAGACCAUCUCCGUCCUAAUGGCGCGCACAGGUGGCAUAAUUAUGCAAAGAGCCCAAAUGAGAUCAAGUUGGAGGAGGCUGCAGUUCUGCAUUAUACAUACACUAAAUUUUCAGAUUUGACAUCUAGACGUGAUCGCUGUGGAUGCAAGCCUACAAAAGAAGAUGUUAAGAGAUGUUUCAUGUUAGAUUUUGACAGAGCAGCUUUUAUAAUUGCAUCAACUGCUAGUGAAGAAGAAAUGCUUCGCUGGUACAAUGAACGAGUCGUGUGGACCGAUAAGCAGCUGAACUUAAAGCUUCUGAGGAAAGGAGUGCUGACUCGCAUAUACACCCCAAUGACAAUUGUUCAGAGUCUGCGCGAAUCCGGUGUCUUCACUUCCGCCAUUACAGCUGGCCAACCUGCUGUGAAUGCCAAACUCUCACCCAAGGAAACCAAUGCGCAGAGCCAAAAUGUUACCGCACCUGGGAACAUGACAAGAGUGGUCAGAUCUACUGAUUCAAAGGCAUCUGGCAGAAAGAUACUGCAAGCCGUUGAUCUUGCCUUCAGCGAUACUAAUGUAACUGCUGUUCCACCGUUGUCGCCGCCCAGUUUGGACGAACACAGGCAUCAUAGUGAAUAAUAAUGUCAUACGUAUCAUAUAUAUAUUUUUUGCUCGGCGUAUAAGUUCCUAAGAAAAGGAGGAAAAGAAAGUUACUGACAUCUUCGUUAAGAGAAGUGCUAACAUCAGCUUGGAUGGUCAAUUUUUAUGCAAUCGAGCUUUAUUUGUUUCA